GCACAGAGUAACCCCGUAAAGUGUUUGGAUUGAAACAGUAAGGUUUUCACAGACGUUAUUUUUAUCAUCAGGCGUAAAGGGAAGACAACACAGUCCUACAGUCCUAUCGAGAAUAAACAACUGUCCCUUCAUUCCCACAUGGCUCUGCUGACUCUGCGCCACCUUGGACUCAGAGCUGUCAGGCUCCACCUGAGUCUCGCUUCAUCAUCAAAACUAUGUCUGUCCACCAGAGUGUCCCUGUUGGGGGACAGGAACAUUGUGCUCAUGGGUCCCCCAGGAGCAGAGACAACAGUGGGGAGGAUAGUGGCUCAGAGACUGGGACUGCCUGCCAUUGACGUUGAUGAUGAUGUUUUGGAGCCUACAUGGAAGAUGCCUGUUGCUGCAAAACUAGCAGCGCUCGGAGGACAGCGUUUCCUGGAGGAGGAAGGUGAAGCUUUGUGUAACUUCUCCACUUCUGGGUGCGUCAUCUCCCUGACUGGCUCCAACCCUCUUCACACCACUGCAAUGCAGCAUGUCAGACAGAGUGGACUGGUUAUUUACCUGGAUGUGGACAGUGAGGACAUCAUUGAGAGACUCACCAGGAUGAAGGUGAACAGGAUAGUGGGCCAGGAGGCGGGGGUGCCCAUGAGGGACAUACUGUGUUAUAGGAAACAGUUUUAUGAGAAGUGGCUGGAUGUCCGGGUUCUGUGUGGAAUGGGGGACACAGUGGAGGAAGUUGCUGAAAAGGUGUUAAAGGCUUUGGAAAGAUAUCAGAACCAUGACAGAGAAACCUUCACUUCAACAAGGAGUGACACCACAGGAUCGUCCAGUCAGAGCACGUACUUUAGUGAUGUGGUAGUUGAAGGUUUGGCCCCAGAUGGAGGCCUUUAUGUGCCUAAAAAUGGCUUCCCAAAGGUUGAUGCUGGAGAAUGGCUCAGACUAGUAGACAUGUCAUACCAAGAGCGAGCUUUAGUUCUAUUAGAAAAAUGCAUCCACUCAGCGGAUGUCUGUACUUUGGAUCUCAGGUCAAUGAUAUUCAAGGCUUAUGGGUCAAACUUCUCCAGUGAGGCAAUUGCACCUGUAAAACACCUGAUCCACAAUCAGUACAUUCAGGAGCUUUUCCAUGGCCCCACAGCCUCAUUUAAGGACCUGGCAUUGCAGCUGAUGCCCCAGCUCUUUGCGUACUGCCUCCCUCCCAUGUGCAACUACCUCAUCCUGGUCGCCACAUCUGGAGACACCGGCAGCGCUGUGCUCAGCGGCUUCAGCAGGCUCAGCGGUGCAGACACACACAGGACCGGCGUGCUGGUGUUUUUCCCUGAAGAUGGUGUGAGCGAUAUCCAGAAGCUCCAGAUGACGAGCUCAUGGGAAGGCAAUGCCAGGGCCGUCAGCAUCCACUCAGACUUUGACUUCUGUCAGAGAAGUAUAAAGAGGAUGUUUGGAGAGUCUGGACUGACUGGACACCUGGCUGUGGAGUACGGCACCGUCCUCAGCACCGCCAACUCCAUCAACUGGGCACGGCUGUUACCACAGGUGGUGUACCAUACUUCCUCCUAUCUGGAUCUGUGCAGAGGUGGUGUUAUCAGGUUUGGUGAACCCAUUGAUGUUUGCAUCCCUACUGGUAACUUUGGCAAUGCCAUGUCAGCUGUGUAUGCCAAGCAAAUGGGCAUCCCAAUAAGAAAAAUCAUCUGUGCCUCUAAUCACAACCGCAUCAUCACAGACUUUAUCAAUACCGGUAUGUACGAUCUCCGAGGACGGCCUCUGAUGCUCUCCCACUCCCCGGCCAUAGAUAUCCUGAAAUCCUCCAACCUGGAGAGGUUUAUCUACCAUGUAUCAAAUGGAGACAGUCAUCUUGUCAAGGACCUAUUCACAAGCUUAGACAGCCGGCAGCACUUUCAGGUUCCCCAGCCUCUUCUUGGCAAGAUCCAGCAGGAUGUGCUGGCUGGCUGGUGCUCUGAGGAUGACUGUUUGGCCGCCAUCCAGACCAUUUACACAGAGACCGGCUACGUCAUGGACACACACACUGCCGUGGCUAAAGUCGUGGCUGACAGCCUGCAGGACGGUUCAUGUCCGUUGGUGGUUUGUUCCACUGCGCACUAUGGGAAAUUUACCCCCGCUGUGUUCAAAGCUCUACAAAUCCACAGUAUUCCAGAGGAUCCACUUGAGCAGCUGAAGAAGCUGGAAUCUGCUGCAUCCAGACCAGAAAUGCACAGGGACCUGAUGAAAUGUCUGGAGGCAAACAGCACAAAGGGACACAAUGUUUGUGAGGCAGAUUACAGUGUGAUGGUGGAACAGGUGGAGAGUAUGAUACAGGACUCUUUCUUAAAGGUUCUGUAGGAUUUUGCUAAUGUCAAUCAAAAUUUAUGAAUAAAUAACUAACAUUAUUAAACGCUUCAAAAAGAAAUAAUUUUGCAACACAAUUUUAUCUUGCAGUGAUUGUCACUAGCAUAAUAUACAUGUUUUAUAAAUUAUUUUCAUUAACAUUGGUAACUAGUCUUGUAACCUAGUACUCGAGAUUGGUCUUAGUUAUGAGACCGGAUUUAAAACCACUUUUUUAGGGUGCU